GGAUCUGCUCCGAAGAUAGUUCAUCGACAUUUGAGGGAUGGAGAUGUUGUCAUCAUGAAUCGACAACCAACGUUACAUAGAGCAUCAAUGAUGUGCCACUUCGUUCGAGUCCUAACAGGAUGGAAAACCUUCCGACUCAUGUAUGUCAAUUGUGGUUCUUACAACGCUGAUUUCGAUGGUGAUGAAAUGAACAUGCAUCUGCCUCAAGAUCUCUGUGCUCGCGCUGAAGGCCAGGCGAUUGUCAACGCAGACUGCCAUUACAUCACUGCAAAGAACGGAGAACCUUUGCGGGGUUUGAUUCAGGAUCACGUUUUGGGAGGAAAUUUUCUGACCUGUCGCAAUACAUUCCUCAACGCAAAUCAAUAUUAUACUCUGCUUUACGUUGGAAUGGGCGUCUUCAUCGACCGCGGACAGAAGAUGUACCUUGGGACAGGAUUAACGCGAGGUCGCGCUUCUAAUGUCGCAUUCAGCGCUUAUACCGGAAAAACGACGGGGGAUCCUUAUUUCCGUAUUAUGUCGCUCGAAAAUCUUCCGAUGAGAGUUGAACCUCCGACAAUCGUGAAACCGGAAAGACUUUGGACUGGAAAGCAAGUUAUCACAUCGAUAUUGAAAACGAUGGUCGACGCUAUGGCCUUCGCUCGUUAUGGAAAUGAUGAAGACUUCUGCAAAAACUAUAAAGGGAUCAAUUUUUCGUCAAAGUCGAAGACACCUGGCGAUGCUUGGGGAGGCGUACUCGAUGGUGACAAGGAGGAGUCAACAGUAAUCAUUCGGGAUUCUGAACUUCUUCAAGGCGUCUUUGAUAAAAGCCAAUUUGGGGCCUCCUCGUAUGGAUUGGUUCAUUUGUGUUUCGAGCUAUUGGGGCCGCGAGCUGCAGGGAUUCUCCUGAGUAUCUUUGCACGAACAUUCACCACAUUUUUGCAAAUGAGGGGAUUCAGCUGCUGCACUGGGGAUUUCUUAAUGACUCCAGAAGGCGAGAGAAAUCGGGAACGCAUGAUUCUUCAUUGCACUGUUGCUGGAAAUUUCUUACAGGAAAUGUUUGUCGAUGCAAUAAAUAAAACGAUGAAAUGGAAGGACACUCUGGUGAAUUCCAACUCAAGCAAACAGAAAUAUCGGAAAGCUCAUGAAGCUUUGAUGGAAUCGCUUCAGGAGUCGAAAGAACAACUUCAGUAUCCGGGAGUCUUCGAUCAACUUGCAACACACGCAGAGAUGAAUCGUCGUGUUACAUUUGAUGGAUUUCCAAGAAAUUGCUCGAGUGCAUCUACAGUCACACCAUCAUCUGACGGCGGUAGUAGUGGGGGAGGGUCUGAUGGUGAGAACGUCUUAAUGAAGGAGUCAGAAAUUCCGAGUGUGUUUGGCCUCAAUUAUCCCUAUGUAUCGGAACAUCCAGGAAACAGUACUACGUCGCUUGGGUUGAAUCAAAGUCAACUACAGGACAUCAAAGCCUGGAAGGAUAGAACUUUUGAAAAGAUCGAAAAUAAGGACAAUUCAGAAGAAUCAGCAGAAGAUGUUGAAAUGAAGAAAGAACAGACGGCAGAAUCGUCGCUAGAUCGAAGCGUUAAGUUCGACCCUUUCGAUGUCAACCAGAUGAAUCCUUGGGACAUUGCUCGUCAUCUACAUUCCUCGUCAUUGCCAUUCAAUGAUUGGAGACUUAAACCCGGCGACCAAAUCGUUCAACAGCUUCGUCGUUUGAUCGAAGAUCUGCAACAGAUUGGAAUGCAAGAUAAAAGACAUCAGCACCAGAUUCUCCAGGCGUUAACAACGACACCGGAGUUGGCGUUAUAUUUCCCGAGAGUUGCUCAACAUCUUGGAAUUGACCGGCUGUGGGGAGGCUUUCUUGAUAGCCGGGUGAAUCGGUCAACGUUUGUGGAUUUGCCUCAUGGACCGCCAGGCCGCGUUGCUCCGCCACAACCGAAUCACCAAAUAAGUUUGCCAAGUGGACGCAUCAUUCAAGGCGAUGGUUCUCUGCGUGUCCCAAAAUUGUACCAUCCAUCAUGGGUGUACAAGGACGAAACUGGACUUCCCUUUGAAGGAACCAUGCGUUAUACAACAAAAAUGGCCGAAGUCAAGAAUACUGCAGACUUGGAACAGUACUGGCUUGGAUUAGGAGCAAAACCGUUCCAUUUGAGACCGAACGAAUUGACCAGGCUCCGGUUUGAGAAUCUUGUACGAACCCAUUUUGCUGGACGUGAAGACGCAUUAAUUCGAAUGUCGGACGGAUUUUUCCAAUCAGGAAUGGGGAAAUUGACAUCGAAAAAUAAUGACCUUGUUAGCGGAAAAGUGACUUUGUAUAAAUUUCCAUUCAAUGGGUUUGCAUCAAUGAUUACAACAGGAGCUAAAGGAUCGAAAGUCAACUUUGCAAUGAUAUGCGGUAUGCUGUCUCAGCAGUCGUUGGAAGGAAAGCGUGUUCCGGUAAUGGUCAGUGGAAAAACAUUACCAUCCUUCGCACGUUACGAUCUCGGAGCGCGUUCCGGGGGAUUAAUCACUGAUCGCUAUCUCACUGGAUUGAGACCGCAGGAAUUCUUCUUCCAUUGCAUGGCGGGAAGAGAAGGUUUGGUGGAUACUGCCGUUAAAACAGCACGUUCUGGAUAUCUUCAGCGUUGUGUUAUGAAAGGAAUGGAAGGAGUGAUGGUCAAUUACGAUGGGACUGUUCGAGACAGUGAUGGAACGAUUAUUCAAUUUCUCUAUGGCGAAGAUGGUGUUGAUGUUGCUAAGGCGUCGUAUUCUGGCAAAUUAGAGGAUCUUUUACAAAAUCCAACAAUCGUUAGAGCAAGAUUUUGGGGUGGAGAGAAGUCGAAUCAUCCUUUGAUCAAAGAAUCUAUGUCCCAAGUGAAAUCGUUUUUGAGAGAACAAGAUGAGUUAAAGGAAAUGUUGAAUUCUAAUCCGAAUUAUCCUAUUGACCUCCACAAAUGUUUGAGUCCCUUGGAUCCAGUCAGUAACGUCUUUCCUCCGACUGGAUACGUGGGAAGUGUGAGUGAGAAGUACAGAGGGCAAGUAGAGAAGAUCGUCCAAUCUGAUGUUCAUGGAUUCCUGAAGAAGACUGUUGAUGAGCGUCGGAAAUGGAGAGGAUUGGACGCGACAUCUCGACCUACAAAGGAAGAAAUCGAGGAAUCGAGGGAUAUUCUUGAAAGUUUAUUGUUGACAAAAUUCAGCGAAACUCUUGCGGCUGCAGGGGAAGGGGUCGGGUGUCUUUCCGCUCAAUCGAUGGGAGAACCUGCGACCCAAAUGACCUUAAAUACAUUCCAUUUGGCGGGUCAUGGUGCCGCUAACGUCACUUUGGGUAUUCCACGUCUGCGAGAAAUCUUACAGACAGCCGGAAACGCUCGAACACCAUUCCUCUACAUUCCUAUACGAGGGGAAACUGCAGCAGACGCUGGAAGAAAUGCCGAGCAAGUUUUAUUGGGAUUUAAGCGGAUUCCACUGACUGAUGUUAUUCAUGCUAUUGGAGUUGAAAGCAAUGUCUACCAUCAACCUUUGAAUGCGAAGCGUGGUCUACCUGAGUAUGAUCUGUCCCUCUAUAAAGACAAUAUUGAUCAAACGUUGAUGCCGAAAUUUUACUGGGAAUACGAAGUGACAAUUCAAUUCGAAAAUCUCGACCAUUUCUGCAAAGUUGUUCCAAAAUUCACUCCGCAAAAGAUUCUCGCAUUAACGAUGUCGCGCGUUGUAAGAGAUAUGAUGAAGCAAGUACGUCGUACUGGAAAUGAAGUGUUGGAACGACCGAGUGGCGCUUCAGAGGAAGUUGAUAGCGAGGAUGACGAACUUGAGGACGCCGUGGAUCGUUUUGUUUUCGAUCGCCACACUCGAAGCCACUUUCAGAGAAGAGAUCAGCGGAGAGAGAGAGCAAAAAAUGCAGGAGUUGGAUUCGGAAUGAGUCGCGGAACGGAAGCUACUGGAGAAAUGGAUCUUCUGACGACCGUCGAUGUUGCUGAGACUUACAAGCGUAAAACUGGAAGAGCUGAUGAUAACGAAAACGAACGAGGUGAGAGGGUGAUGGUCGAACAUGUCAAUUAUAUUUUGGUUUUAGAAGAUAAAGGGGAUGAAGAUGAUCGAGAGAGAGAUGACAAUUCGGAUGCGAUGCCUGAUUCUGAUCAUUCAAACGAUGAUUCGGAAAAAGAUUUUUCAGAGUCCGAUAUGGGAGACGAUGCGAAGAAAGUUGAAGAUGAAUCGGAUGAUGAGCCAAGAAUUGAUCCCGCGAAAUCCGAAGAGGAAGAGUUAAUGACAGAGUUAAUGACGGAAGAAGAACGGCGAGAGUGGGAGGCUCGAAUCGCUGAAAUGGAAAUGAAACAAUCUGAACGACGCCGAAUUAGGGCAUUGAAAUCCAAGUACAAGGCAGAAAGGCUUGUCGAACCAGAGGGGGAAGAGCUAGAAGGAGACGCCAUGUGGAGUGACACCGAAGCUGCGGCAUGGAAGGUGAAGCCAUUGCCUGAGGAAGCGUUUCGGUUUCUGACGGACAUUAAAAUUUGUCGCAAAACCUGGAGAAUCGUCUUGAAGUUUGGAUGGCCAAUGGAACGAUGUCCCAGACGUGUCACGUUUUUGGAUGCGUUUGUUAAGAUUAUAAAAAAGCAAACACUUCAAGAUACUCCUGGCGUUAGAAAUCCACGUAUUGUUGGGGGAGACAGUUCUGAAACUGGCGCUAUGUAUGAAGUUCAGUGCGAAGGUUCAAAUUUCGGGUGGAUUCAGAGACUCAGAAGUGAUUGUGUCGAUCAUGAUCGAGUCACUUCAAAUGAUAUUCGCGCUAUUCUUCAAUUCUUUGGAGUUGAAGCGUGCCGUCUUGUUAUUAUCCGUGAAUUAAACAAGGUUUUCUCUGUUUAUGGGAUUACCGUUGACUACCGCCACAUGAGCCUCAUUGCUGAUGCGAUGACGCAUUCAGGAUUCUUCCGUUCCUUCAGCAGACUUGGAAUCGCUCAUCAUAGUUCCCCAUUCUUGCAAAUGUCUUUCGAGACUUCUAUGAAAUUCUUAACAGAAGCAGUUGAACGCGGGGCUUACGACGAUCUCCGAACUCCCGCUGGAUCGAUUGUGACUGGAAAGCCCGCCCUUGUAGGAAGUGGAAUGUGCAAAAUUCUUCCACGUAUUAAUUUGGGACGCCACGUCACAUUACAAAAGUCAACCCCAUUGCCACAGAUCAAAGAGGAGAAACCCGAAAAUGACGCAGAUGACGAAACACAAACAGAACCACGCAGGAAGCGUCGGCAUUCCCGAGACCGAGAGCCAAGGAAGAAGAGAAAACAGAAAUUCCACUUUGGUUGA